AUGGAGGACACAGUAGCGGAGAAGAAGCCCCGGACCACCGGCGACGGCUGCAACGGCGAGCCAUCUGGCACCGCAGAGAGCGGCGGCGGCGGCGGCGGCGGCCUGGUCGAGAGGCUCCCCGAGGCGCUCCUGGUGGAGGUGCUGGGCCGUCUCGACCUCGACGACGCCUGCUCCGCCGCCGCGUACUGCCGCUCGCUCCACGCCGCCGCCAACGCCGCCCUCUCCGCCAUCACCGCCAUCGACCUCUCCACUCUUUGGGUGAAGUUCCCUCUGCUAGAUCCACACUCUGAAUAUGAGACUGGAACUGGAUUGCCUCUCAUUCCUAGUAACAUCAAGGACCUGUUGCUACAGCCUGUAUCUCAUUCGAGGGCAACAACAGUCUUCCUGAACACCACAUCUCUGAGCAAACACAUCACUGACAGUUUGGAAUCACUCUCUUUAGUUCUCGACACAAUAACGGAUGAACUUGUUAUGUUGAUCACCAGUAAUGUCCAUAAGUUGGUUGAGCUAUGCCUGGAAGAUGAACCUGUUACCCAACCAAAUUUGCCUGAAGAUUUGACAAAUGUCAAAGCACUUGGCUUAUGCCACAACUUGAGACAUUUGUCUCUGACACGUCGUUGCUGUGACUUCAGACGGGUAAACGACUUUGGGAUACUGAUGCUCGCUGACGGAUGCAAGCAACUCAGAACCAUUAGAUUUGGUGGGUUCUCUAAAGUAAGUGAUGCAGGGUAUGCAGCCCUUCUCCACUCUGGGAAGGACCUGAAGAAGUUUGAGGUCAGCAACGGCUCGUGCUUGUCAGACUUGGCAUGCCUAGAUCUUGAUAAGGCAGCUCCAAACAUUUCAGAAGUGAGGUUGCUUAACUGUGCUCUCCUAACUAGUGAUACCGCCAUAUCUCUAGCACCCUGCACUAACUUGAAGGUUCUCGAUCUCUCGGGUUGCAAGAGCAUUGCAGACUCUGGCUUGGUUUCCAUCUCACGGCUCCCCAACCUAACUCUACUGGAUCUUGCUGGAGCUGACAUUACUGAUGCGGGUUUAUCAGCACUCGGUAAUGGGAGGUGCCUGAUAUCUUCUUUGUGCUUGAGAGGGUGCAGAAGGAUCGGCAGUAAUGGAAUAGCUUCACUGUUGUGCGGGACUGGCACCAUCAACAAAACAUUAGUUUCGCUCUUUUAA